UUAUUCUGCACAGAGGCACUGUGAGUAAAACAGCGGGGUAAUAAGGAGGUGUGUUAGAGCUCAGUACACUCAGCGGGUGUGUAUCAUGAGUGUGUGUAAAGAUCUGUUCCUCCUCUGGAUGUUCUCGCUUCUCAGCAGGACUGGAUCCGGUUAUGAUUAUGAGGAUUAUUCCGAUCCCUUUUAUAACGACAUCACAGAAGAGCAGCAGCCAGGAGCUUCUCCGUGUCCCUGUGACGGUGGAGAGCGAUUACGUUGGGAGAAGAUCUUUAUCAUGAUGGAGGACUCACAUAUGAUGCAGAAGAUUCUCCUCCAAGUCAACGAGGAACUAAAGAUGGAGAUCUCCACACUGAGAAACCAGAUCCAAAAGAUCUCCAGUGACAUUUCCACUUCCUGUCUUAGAGUCGUGGAGGAGACCUGCAGGUCCAUGAAUGAGCAGCAGAACCUCGAAGUGGAGCGGAACACGACCCGGAGACAGCGAGAUGUGGAGCAGGGUGUUCAUGUGCAGAAGGUGGAGGGGCUGGAGGAGAUGAAGGAGGUGGAGGAAGUCGAGGAGGGGGAGGAGAUCAAGGUGAUGAUGGAGCUGGGGAAAACGGAGAAGAUAAAGGAGAAGGACAAAUGGUGGACAAAAUGGAGAUUUUGGAGAUGAGGAAAAGCUGGACUGAUGAUUGUGAUGUUAAAUCUGUAUAUGUGUGUGUGUGUGUGUGUUUGUGUUUAUUUCCAUGUGUGUGCUAUAUGAGGGUUUCUGAGGAGCUUCACCACACAAGCAGAUUGGUGGACACUGGAAAGCCGGAGGCGAGGAGACAUGAUGAUGGUUUUAGGCGUUUAACAAAGAACAGCUCUGUAAUUGUGAACAUUAUCGUCUCUUUGUGUUUUAUUUUCACUGAGUUUCCUUCCUGCGUUUGUAUUUAAAGUCGAGUUUAUCUCCUUCUGUUUGCACCUCAUCUGGAUAAAAUGAGAAAAAAAUUUAAUUUACCCAAAACAUUCAUUAUCUGGAGACAGAGCAGGUCUGAGUCGUGUGUGUGUGUGUGUGUGUGUGUGUGUACAGUACUUUCGACUGUUCACAUGUUCCAGGAUUCAUUAGAAGAACAUUUACAUUUUAUGAGAGAAUAAAACUACUGCUCUAGUCAUUUCUAGUGGGACAAGUGACUCCGCCCAUCUCCACCUUCAUCAUGAAGUGCGGCUAAAACAAGCGAAACCCAGACAGAGAUAAUAACUGGAGCAGUUUAAAGCCACAACAAAACACUUUUAUUACACAAUCACCACCAAAACAGCUCCAUGAAAAAUGUUAUUUAUAGUUUUAUUUUUGUAUUUUUGUUCCAAAUAAUUCCACAAUAUUGUUUUAUGUUCAUCUCCACCCAUUUUAUUUGUCUUCUAUUCGUCUGUUCAUAUGCAGUCAGUUUCCCAUGACCAACAGCAGGUCAGUGUGAACUUACUAAAGCGUGGGUUUGAAUAUGUUACGGUUUCUAUAGCAACAGCUUAUUUACAGCUGACGCUCCACAUAAACGUGUGUAAACAUUACAGUGUGGAAGGAGUCUCC